UGUUUUUGAUAAAUGUUUUCAUACAUUAAUGGAUGGACUUUGCAACGGUUUUAAUUAAAAAAUUAAUAAAACAAUGUGUGUUUCUACUUCUAGUGCGUGAAUAGAGAUAGAGAGAGGGGUAAUUGAUUUAAAAUGACAAAGAUGGUUAUGAUGCGCCAAGUUUCAGGCUUGAUGGUGGGAUACAAGUACAACACAGCCCAAUAACAUCCUCAGGGUAGAGAUACUAACUUGCAACUUUGAAAACAGAAAUGGUUACAGUUGGCAAAUCUUUGCAUUUGAAUUGAAAAUUUUAACAUUGAUAGAUUAGGGUGGGUUUGAUCAGAGACUGUAUACUAUAGCAAUGGAGAUUAGUGUUGCUUGGCUUCUUGGAUUUGCUUGGAUUGCUGGAAUUUUACCUAUAUUUCUUGCUUCAUUCCCCAUUUCUUCUUUAAACUCUUUCCAUCAAUUUAUUUUAGUAUUGGCUUCCAGAGGCAAGAUUUUGCAACCAUCCUCCUCCUCCUCCUCAAGUAAUAAGUUCACAGUUCCUCAAAGGUUCUUCUUGCAUUUUUACUUGGUGGGUGUGGCUUGGACAACCUUUUUGCUAAUCAUAACUUGGCAUUAUGCUCAUAAUCUGGCUUCACUAUCGGAUUACUCUGCUUACUUGACUGGAACUUCUAAGUCUGGCGUAUCCACAGCUGAGCUUAGUCACAGGGUUUGGCUGUCUGUUUUUCUGCUUUUAUUGAUGGAGGUACAGGUGUUAAGGCGCCUUUAUGAGACAGUUUUUGUCUUUAACUACAGUCCUUCUGCUCGAAUGCACAUUUUUGCUUAUCUAACAGGACUUUUUUUCUACACAGCAGCGCCUUUGUCACUUUGCCACUUCUAUUUCUUUGAAGCUCUACAUGCUGCAGAAUAUCGAGGGAUUGAGAUGAAUGUUAAAAAUGAAGAUGUGUCUUCUGUUGACUUUAAUUGGUGGUAUUACAUAGAGCCUAUUGUAAAGCUUGGUUGGUGCCAGUUGGCUGGUGCUGCAAUAUUUGCUUGGGGUUGGGUGCAUCAGCGUCGAUGUCAUGCAAUCUUGGGAUCUCUACGAAAACGUCGAGAACGAGCGGAUGAAUACGUAAUUCCUUAUGGUGAUUGGUUUGAGAUGGUUUCAAGUCCGCACUACUUGGCUGAGAUGAUAAUAUAUCUUGGUCUCUUGGUUGCCAGUGGAGGCACAGACUUCACAAUAUGGCUACUUAAUCUGUUUGUGGUUGCUAAUCUUGGAUUUGCAGCAGCAGAGACACAAAGGUGGUACCUGCGUAAGUUCGAGGACUAUCCACGUACCAGGAGAGCCAUUCUUCCAUUUGUCUAUUAGAAACUUAUAAAGCAUAUGGCUACAAUUCAUGUUAAGAUCUGAUUUUGAGCAACAUCUUUUUUUUCGCGCCUGCGGAUUAAGCUGAAAAUUACUCGACGGAGAAUGAUGCCUAGUUUUCAAGCAAUAGAAAGUAAUAUUUCCAGCCAUUGGUCAUCUGUUUAUGUAUCUUUGUAUUUUCUUUAUGCUUCAUGAUGUAUUUAUGAGGAAGUAUAUGAUGUGAAGUUGUGAACUUUAAGCGCUAGCACAUUUGAAAUGGAUCGAGUAGAUUGUGUUGAA